AUGCAACCAGACAACCAGACAACCAGACAGCCAGGCAACCAGACAGCCAGACAACCAGACAGCCAGGCAACCAGACAGCCAGGCAACCAGACAGCCAGGCAACCAGGCAACCAGGCAACCAGACAGCCAGGCAACCAGGCAACCAGACAGCCAGGCAACCAGGCAACCAGGCAACCAGACAGCCAGGCAACCAGACAGCCAGGCAACCAGACAACCAGGCAACCAGGCAACCAGGCAACCAGACAGCCAGGCAACCAGACAAUCAGACAACCAGGCAACCAGGCAACCAGACAGCCAGGCAACCAGGCAACCAAACAGCCAGGCAACCAGGCAACCAGACAGCCAGGCAACCAGACAGCCAGGCAACCAGGCAACCAGACAGCCAGGCAACCAGACAGCCAGGCAACCAGACAGCCAGGCAACCAGACAACCAGACAGCCAGGCAACCAGGCAACCAGACAGCCAGGCAACCAGGCAACCAGACAGCCAGCAACCAGGCAACCAGGCAACCAGACAGCCAGGCAACCAGACAGCCAGGCAAUCAGACAGCCAGGCAACCAGACAGCCAGGCAACCAGGCAAUCAGACAGCCAGACAACCAGGCAAUCAGACAGCCAGGCAACCAGACAGCCAGGCAACCAGACAGCCAGGCAACCAGACAGCCAGGCAACCAGACAGCCAGGCAACCAGACAGCCAGGCAACCAGUGCAUGCGAGAGUCCCUGCGAGGCACCAUCAAAUUCCCUCACACGUUUAAUUAUUUUCAAUUAGAAGAUUGGGGAAAGGGCACCAGGAUGUGGAAAACUGUCACUGUCACUGAGCUGGGAUAUGCUUUUCAAACAAGGUUCCAAGUUAAAAAGGCCUUUGCAAAAUUACCUUUUCCUGAUGCUCAGCUAAGGAAUGUUGGCAAAGGGCUGGGUACCAGUGUUUGGUAUAGGCACUGGGUAUCAGUAUCGGGUCUGUUUGUUGGGCAUUGGUGCCGGAUAUUUGUGUUGGGUAUAAGUGUUGGGAACUGGCACUGGGUAUGUGAUGGGCAUCAGAGUUGGUAUGAAUGUCGAGUAUUAGCACUGGCUGUAGAGUUUGCAGGACCUUUGUUUGAUGUUCUUACCGCCUAUUUUAAGUGCAGUUUCCUUUAUUAUGUCAUUGAACUGUUUGUUGAUUUGGUCAAUCUUGAGAUCGUCGCUGAGGAGUGA